AUGGCCGCGGCGGAUGCGCCGGUUGGCCUGAUGGACAUUGCCACCACCCUAGCGCCGGCCGAGAUUCCCUUCAAGCUGCGAUGCGCCAUCUGCAGCAACCUCGCCCUGAACGCUUUCCGUCUGCCGUGCUGUGACCAGUCCGUCUGCGAAAGCUGUAAGUGUUCAUUCCCUCGCAGAGCCCCCGAAGCAACCUCGGUCCUAGGCCAAGGGUCCCUCCACGAUACCUGUCCCGUCUGCGCGCACACGCCCGUCUCGGCGGACCUCUGCAAGCCCAACAAAGCUCUGCGGACCACGCUCAAGGCCUUCCUGCGCACCGAGGAGAAGAAGAGGGAAAGGGAUCGCCAGGCCACGGUCCCGCCGACGCCCGACACACCGCCAGACAGCGUCGCAGCUCCGCAACAGACGCCCACAGAGUCGAAGGCGACGGAGCCAGCCCCGAUCUCUACGACUCCGGAUGCGACCCAGCCCGGAAAGGCAAGCUCGGAAGAGACGUCGGCCGAUGCGGGGCCGGCUGGCACGACGACCGAGAUCGAAGCAAAGACCGAGCCGAAGCCUGUGGACCAGCCCGAACUUGCAGCUGAUCAGCCGGUUACGUCUGUCCAAAAUGCCGAUGCGGGCAAUACCGCUGAAUCGAACAACUUUCCCGCCGAGGCAGAUGUGCCAAUCUACCACGAUGAUUCCGCCAUGGCUGGACCGCAGGGCUUCUCACAGCAACAAAAUCUCCAGUUUUUGCCCCAAAACAUGGGCUCCGGAGGCUUCCCCGGCAUGGGCUGGAACGGGAGCGCCAAUUUUGGCGCAAUGAAUCCAUACAUGGCCAAUGGCAUGUUCAACUUCCCCAACGCGAUGGGAAUGCCGAUGGCGAUGGACCCGAUGGCCGCAAAUCAGGGGAUGUUCGGUGAUUACGGAAUGAACAUGUCGGGCAUGAUGAACAUGGGGGUGAACUACAACGGGCAGGGCAUGUACGGAUCCUUAGGAUGGGAUGGCUCCCAGCAAAACAACAUGUGGCAUGGCGGCCAAGAUAAAUUCAAUCCAAAUGCUUUCGCAAAUGGCACGGGCCCUCCAUACGGAGCGGCAUUUGGCGGGUCUAAUAUGUCUCCUUACCCUUCUAACCCGGACUUCCAGGCGGGCUAUCAUGGGCAUGGUCGUGGUGGGUUUCGAGGCCGGGGCCGAGGCCACUUUGCUAAUGCCGGACGAGGUGGUUUCGGGGGAUCAGGCCCUUAUAUGCAAGGUGCCCACUCACCAGCGCUCCCCAGUCAGUCUCCCCCCAACGGUACCGCUCCAGGCGGGAACGAUGGGACCCAUACCGGCCCUGUAUCUAAUGAAAAUGCUGCCGCCGAGGAUUGCCAGGAAGGAGCUGCAGCAGCAGAGGGUCCGCCGGGCGAUCAGACUGACCAGCAGCUCCGGGGAAUUCCCACUAUUGACAGCUUCGAUCAACCAGUUUCAAUGAAGCCCGGUGCGUACGCGACCCCUAUGGGAUCUGGAUACGGGAGAGGUGGGUACAUGCGCGGACCUGGCCGCGGUGGGUUUCAUGGUGGUCCGAUGUCUGGACCCUAUCAGCCCACUAAUACGCCCGUGGAGCCUCGUGGCGUCGGUGUGGAAGGUGCCCCAGCUGCACCGCGAGCAAUGCGUCAAGGUCUUCCCAAUACCAGCGUAUUCCGACAGCGCGGCUUCCAAGUACAGGGCCUGGCCAGUAGUCACUCACGUGGACAGUCACAAGGGGCAAACUCGGAGACUCCUCGCGACAACGUCCAGUCGCCACCCCCCGCCAACGCCCCAUCUAAACCCGCGGGAUCUCGGUCUCAAUCACCCUCACAGACCCAGGUCCCUCGCUCUCCUUCUCCCAGUGUUCACGACCGAGACGAUGGUCGAGAUAGCGGACGUGAAAGAAACCCGGAGCGUAGUGGCCGGACUGGUCAAGAUCGGCCCUCCCGAUCCAGGUCCCCUAAAACUUCCCGCCGGUCCUCCCGGCGACGACACCACGAAAAUGACGGAGACGGAAAAAGCAAUCGUCGCCCUCACCACUCUCGUCGUCAUCGCAGCCGAACAGGCAGUCGCAGCCGCAGUCCAAGCCGCAAUGGAGACUGUCACCAUGCGGAUCGGCUAGCCCGAAUCGCAGAAGAGCCAAAACCCAAUGGACGCAGCAAAGCACCAGCUUCAGAAAAGGGCGGACGUGAUCUCGCCAGUCGGAUCAGCACUGGUAUGCGAUCCCGUCACCGUGAGGAGGAGCGCGAGAGUGGCCGGGACCGGGAACGUCGUCGUCGGGACCGGAAGCGCGAUCGGGAUCGUGAUACCGAAGGCGAACCUCGUCGGGACCGUGAACGUGAAAAAGACCGCGUGCGGGAGUCCGAUCGAGAACGCCCCCGCGAGCGGGACCGCAAGAGAUCCCGUCGGGAUCGAUCUGAAUCGGCUAACGCAAGUGCUCAUCCCUCUCGAGAACAUGCCCGCCGCACCAAGCGCAGCCGCGCCAACGACGGCCAAGCUCAAGACAGUCUGAACGAUCCAGCCGAACCGCAAAAGGACCCGCCACACUGGAGCGCGAGGCGCGCAAUCGCGAGCGUCUUCUGCGUGAACAGCAGCGGCGUGAAAUGGCCAAAUCGGGUCGUCGAGACAGCCGGCCGGACCGCGUGCUGA